AGCAGGGAGCCCGCAGGAAUCAGAUCUUUCUUUUGUCCUCUUGUUCGGGACCCCGACACAUGGGGUCAAGGCGGGCUGAAUGGGUUCACACUGAAGGCUGCACUCGGACGCGGACGCCGAUGAGAGCGCGCGUUAAUUAGAAAAACCUGGUGAAGCAAUUAAGGGCGAGGAGAGAAGACGCGCGGAUUGGAGCGCACAAGAGCUGAUUUAGCGCUCCGGUCACCUUGGCAUCAUGAGUUGGAGCUUCCUAACCCGCCUGCUGGAUGAGAUCUCCAACCACUCCACCUUUGUGGGAAAGAUAUGGCUGACGAUGCUCAUCAUCUUCCGCAUCGUGCUCACAGCGGUCGGCGGCGAGACCAUCUACUACGAUGAGCAGAGCAAAUUUGUGUGCAACACGCAACAGCCCGGGUGCGAGAACGUUUGCUACGACGCCUUCGCGCCGCUCUCGCACGUCAGGUUUUGGAUCUUUCAGGUGAUCCUGAUCACCACCCCAACCAUCAUGUACCUGGGCUUUGCCAUGCACAAGAUCGCCCGCAUGGAGGACACGGAGUACCGGCCCGGGCAGAAGCGUAAGAAAAGGAUGCCCAUCGUCAACCGCGGUGCAGUGCGGGACUACGAAGAGGCGGAGGACAACGGAGAAGAAGACCCUAUGAUCGCGGAAGAGAUUGAACCGGACAAGACUGACAAACAAGAAAAAAGCUCAGAGAAAAAGCAUGAUGGUCGGCGGAGGAUCCUGCGCGAUGGCCUCAUGAAAAUGUACGUGUGCCAGCUGCUGUGGCGCUCGGCUUUUGAGAUUGCCUUCAUUUUCGGCCAGUAUAUCCUGUAUGGCUUCGAGGUGAUGCCCUUUUACAUCUGCACUCGCUCACCGUGCCCACACACAGUGGACUGCUUUGUGUCCCGCCCCACGGAGAAGACCAUCUUCCUGCUGGUGAUGUAUGUUGUGUCUUUUCUCUGCCUCAUUCUUACCGUCCUGGAAAUCAUCCACCUCGGGAUCGGUGGCAUCCGCGACACCUUCCGUAGGCGGGCCACACUCAAUUCCCGCACCCACAUCCCACCUUCGUCCACACGAGCCAUGCCUACGGCUCCGCCCGGAUACCACGCCACCAUGAAGAAGGAGAAACUGAAAGAGCUUCGGGACUUGCCAAUGGGCGACUCCGGACGGGAGAGUUUCGGGGACGAGGGCCCCUCGUCCAGAGAGCUGGAACGCUUGAGGAGGCACCUGAAGCUGGCGCAGCAGCACCUAGGCCUCGCCUACCAGGCAGAUGAAGGAAGCCCCUCCCGUAGCAGCAGUCCGGAGGUCAACACUUCUGCACAGACAGCUGCCGAGCAGAACCGCCUCAACUUUGCGCAGGAAAAGCAAGGAGAGGCAAGCGAGAAAGGUAUGAGGGGCCCGUCGAAUCCUAAAGCAUUAAAGAAGCAAAUGACUUGCCCCAGAAAGUUGUCCACAAACAUUUGAGCGCAUGCUGAAUAGUGUUGCCUUGUGUCUUCCUCUCCUAGGAAUACAUGCCUGAGCGUGCUUCCUGCCUCAAACGUCUGUCCUUCCAUUCCUACUGGCCUUAAACACAUGGGGGAAGCACAUAUGGGAAUGCAGUCAGACCACUGAGGGAGACCGAAGCGUGUAUGUGUGUGUUAUGAGUGUGCGUGUGCUGUCUAUGAGAGAAAUGUGCCUUUCAGUAUUAGGGGUCGGCCGAAAAGCAAAGAUAUGCUGACCGAGCUGCAUUGUGACAAAUGGUUCAUCUCCACGACUCUAAACUUGAAAGCCUGCCUCAUCUUGCUUGCCAACCUACAUCCAAAAAUUGUCUGCCCUUUGCGUAAACCUGUCUACACCCUGUUCUUUUACCCUCUCUGUUUUGUUUUUCCAUGUGCGUAAUAAUCCUUGCCUUUGAGACCUUGUAGGGAUUAUAGUAAGAUUUAAACUCCUCUGGCUAAGUAAACUUUUUUUUUUUUUUUUUUUUGUCUUCCUCACAAAAGGGAGACUUGCUUUUUAUAAAAUGUCUCAGAAUGUUCUUGGCCUCAAAAACAGCAGCCUUGGGUUAUGUCCGCUUUGGGAGCGUGCGCAGCAGCAUGCCUUCUGCAACGGGUGCUGCAUAAACUGCGCUAAACGAGUCAUGUUUAAUUCAAACAGAUUUAAUGUUAGGGAUUAGAACUCACAGCAUUUCAGAGACAGAUAUUUGUAGCUUAUGUAUUUACUCCAAUCGGCCAAAAUCUUUACCUGGGAAAUGCUUGAAAUCUUAACCGACAGGAAAUCUUCCAAGAAUCCUUCAUGGUACAAUCAAGUUACAACAGUUUAUUUUACUUUUUUUUUGUUUACUGAUUGACCAAAGUUGUAGAUUAGAAGGAAGUGGAGGCAUCGCAAUAAGUGGAAAGUAGCCAUUUGCAUGUUAGUAACUCCUUUUUCCAAAGUUUUGAACUAUGAAAAUAUUCUCAUUUCUCGUCAGUUUUUGCUAACCAGCUAGAUGCAUCUGUCUUCUGGGCCAUUGUCUUUUUAAAAUUUACAUUCCUCUUCGGUGAGACACAUUUUCCAUUCUUGACACGCGCCGACACUUUAUCUUUAGGGCUGAAACGUGGAUGUCUUUCUGCCUCCUUGGGGGAUAAAAAAAUCGCUGAUAAACAAAUGAACACUGCUUAUUCACACAACACUAAACAUGUAAUCUUCCGAUCAAUAGCAUUCAAAGUUGUUGUUUUGUUUUUUUUAUUUCAUAGCCUGUCAUUUUGGUUUUAUGAUCUGUGGCUGGAAAACUGAACCUACAGACUGCCAAAGAGCUGUUUGAUGCUGUAUUCUUGUAAUCAUCUCACUGCUACUUAAUUGCAAGGUACGACAUUCCAUUUUGAGUAUCCUUCAACUUUUUUUUCAAUUGUAAGUUUUGUAGUUUUUGUAACUGUAGAGAUUAUUUUGUCUUCAGAGAAAAUAAAUAUAUUUGAAUGGAA